AUGAGCUCGGCGCAAUGUGCAUCAGAAUACUGUAAUCAAGGAUGGUCAGAGGUCUUGACUCACAUGUCUCCCUAUGGAUAUGCUAGUUUUGGCGUUGCCUUUGGCCUUGGAUUGUCCGUGAUUGGAGCCGCCUGGGGGAUUUGGUUGACUGGGUCCUCUCUUGUAGGCGCUGCCAUUAAGGCUCCACGCAUUCGAUCCAAGAACUUGAUUUCCGUUAUUUUCUGUGAAGCUACUGCUAUUUACGGUGUCAUCAUGGCAAUUAUUCUUACCAACAAGAUCAAGGCUCCUGAAACCAGCGGAUACUAUUUGGAAGAUGGUUGGGAUUACAAUGGAUAUUAUUAUGCUGGAUACGGAAUGUUCUCGGCUGGUUUGUCAGUGGGACUCACAAAUAUUGCGUCGGGUAUCAGUGUUGGAAUUGCGGGAUCCUCGUGUGCCAUUGCGGAUGCUCAAGAUUCCUCGCUCUUUGUCAAGAUUUUGAUUGUGGAAAUUUUUGCUUCGGCGCUGGGCAUUUUUGGUAUCAUUGUCGGUAUUAUUCAAUCCAAUGCUUGCGAAUUCCCUACAUUUGCAAUCAGCAACAAUUACAACAACUAA